AUGACAAUCAAAGAGAUAUAUAUUGCUAGACAUGGGUACCGUAUGAACUGGUUGCCACCUCCACAUCCUCCUAACCCUACAGGUGUCCCAAGUGAUCCACCAUUAGCCCCACAUGGUGUUGAUCAAGCAAAACAAUUGGCAGCAUACUUAAAUUCAUUGCCAACUAAAGAUCAGCCACAGUUCAUCUUGACAUCGCCAUUUUAUCGAUGCGUUCAAACUGCUGAACCUAUCGCUGAAGUGUUAGACUUGAAGGUCCAUUUAGAUAGAGGAGUGGGAGAAUGGUUCAAAAAGGGUAGGAAAAUCGUUCCAGAACCAGUUGACUAUGCUGACUUGAACAAGUUUUUCCCAAAUGUUUUGGAUGAGGAAACUGUUUGGCCGAGAGAUAGAUUAGGAGUUAUUCCCAAUCUUGAAGGUGAAACAGGUGAAGAGAUUUACGCGAGAGCUACACACUUCUGGCAUAAGUUUAUCCCAAUGUUCGAACAAGAAUAUCCAGAGAUUGAAAACAUCUUGAUUGUAACUCAUGCAGCAACAAAGAUUGCCUUAGGAAGUGUAUUGUUGAAAUUGGGUUCGGUUACUAGUCCCAUUGACUCAGAUCAAACCAUGUUGAGAGCCGGUGCUUGCUCGCUUUCGAAAUACGUGCGUGCUUCCGAGUCCGAUGAUUUCGAUUGGAAGAUUGUCAUGAAUGGUAAUUGCGAGUUUUUAACAAAGGGAGAAGAAAUGAAUUGGGAUUUCACCACGGGUGUGGAAGCUGGGUCAGCUGAAGAUAUUGCCAGAAGGAAAAAAGAGGCUGUUGCCAAGGGUACAACAAGUGAGUUGGAGGAAAAUUCUUCUAUUCACAAAGAGGAAGCUCCAGUGACAAAGGUUGCCACUGGGACCGAAGAGACUACAAACGAUGAUGGAUAUGAGACUUUUUACAUAACGGUUGAUUUACCAAAUGUACCGAAAAAGCUAGAUGAAGAAGAUUUCACCAUUGAUCGAACCAAGACGAGGAAAACUCCAAGAUUCAAGAACAACAUCUUGAAGCCAUCAGCUCGGUUGCAAAUGACCAGUCUAGGUGACGAAUCGCCAUUGAUUAAAAUAUCAAACAAUACAUCUACAUCUACUUCAAACACUCGUGAUAAUCAACCCACAAGUACAUCGAAGGCGACAGAGGUGAGCGGUAAUCACAAAGGCGGCUCUAGUAGAACUAACCCCAUCAUUGAUGCAUCGGCGUUGAUAAAUGGUCGUAUUUUCGAAACCAAUUGGCACGAGUUGACUGGGUCGGAGUUGAUUUUUGACGAUUAUGGUGAAUUAAUUGGCCAAGUUAAGGAACACUUGACAUGUAAUGACAAGGUUAAAUUUAUAGCCAAGAAGCUGCAAAACAAUGAUCUUAAUGCAACACUGGCUGAAUAUGUUGAUUUCAAUGAGGGACCAGCUGGGGAAGAGUCUGUUAAAUCAGAGGGUAACACUAAACUGAAGCCAAGUCCAUUCUUGAGGAAUGCAAUCAAGGCUGCAAAGAGGAAGGAAUAUUCGUAA